GGUCGCGAAAAGGUCGUGUUUUGAUUUCGUAGGAGAAUUAUGGCCGCACUUAGCACUAGUUGGAUAAGGUAUCGGAAUUUUCCUCGACUUGCGUCUCAAUUUUACCGUGUCCUGAAGAAUGCAGCGCCCCAGAUGUCAGCCACGUCGGUUCGGCGACUACACCGGAGUCCACGCUCGUGGGUCGUGGAGAAGGGUGCGUGGGGCAAAUCCCGACUGCCAGAGCCUCAUCAACUGACAGAACUGGACAAGGCAGAUGCUCUGAUGCUACGGAAAUCUCAUGAAACAGGGUUCCUCUCCUGGUUCCGGAACGGUCUGUUGGCCACAGGAAUUGGCGUCAUCGCCUUUGUGCAGAGUGACGUGGGACGAGAGGCCGCCUACGCCUUCUUCAUCCUGGGCGGCGUGUGCGUGUCGUUCGGCGGCGCCUCCUACGUGGGCAGCCUGCUGACGCUGCGCCGCUUCAUGCUGCUGUCGCUGCCCGCCGCGCUGCUCCAGGCGGCCGUGGUGUCCAGCGCCGCCCUCUUCUGGCUCUGCGCCGUCUCGCUCUACGUGGGCCGCCUGGAGGUGGAGAUCAUCCACGAGGACGACGACGAGUACGACGACGACGACGACGACCGCCACCACCGAGGAGGAGGCAGGAGGAGAGGAGAGGACGAGGACGACGACAACAACCACAACGGGGGGAGGGGGGAGUGCGCCGACUGCAAGGCCCGCCGGAAUGGACGGCAAGAUAAGUGAGGAGAGAGAGAGAGAGAGAGAGAGAGAGA